UACACCACUUCAAAGUCAAAACUUGAAAUCUUCUCCACCCACCGCGCCUGACGGCCCGAGAGGUUAGGCUGGCUCAGAAGGUGCGUUAAUCCCUUGUGAUCAGUCACCCAUUGAAACCGGCAUCCCUGUAGGAUAUCCCGGUGCCUCAGCAUCGAUUCUACGCCUGCCAGCAUCUCGAUCUCGUGCACCGGAUAAUUCUGCUGGGCUGAGUUCAGCUUAGCCGAGUAGAAGGCGGCCACCUUCCCGCUCUUCCAAUCCGGGCCUUGGCACACCACACCUGAAACGCCCGUGGCGCAGCCAUCCGUUACUAGGAAGAUAGGGUCCGCGUCCGGCCCGUAAUCCAGGGGCACUCUGUGGUGGUGCCUCAGCCCCAGCGAAACGGAACUGUGUCCCCAGUCAAGCCAUGCAGGACCCCCAUGGGCACGCGUACCCGUGCCAAGUCAUCCGCCAAGUAGCCUACCGAGCCCAGGAAGCCUCGAAGCAAGUCCCGGUUCGUGGGUGUCUUCCAAUUCACCACAGUGUCUACUUUCUCGGAAUCCAUGCGG